CCGUCUUGCUGAGAGUUGUUUGGCAAAGCUGGACAGGUCCCUACUGACGGCUCUGGUUGAUAGAUGGAGAUCUGAGACACACACCUUCCACCUCACUUGUGGGGAGAUGGCACCGACCCUACAGGACGUUGUGAUGCUGCUGGGUCUUCCUAUCAGUGGGGAUGCCGUAGGGCCCCGCGUUGUCCCGUCUACGUGGUUGGACGAUCUAGAAGAGCGUUUUGCAAAUAUUGACAUCGCGAUUGAUGUAGAGGAGCACCCAAAAGCAACAGGGCCUGCCAAGUCAUGGAUCCUGCAGUUCCAGUCCGACAAUUUGGCACAUGAUGCUGAUGAGGAUAGCGUCACUCGAUCCCUUGAGGCAUACCUGUUGUUGUUGCUUGGAUACAUAAUGUUCAACAAUUCACACGGGGCCUAUGUGGAUAGGGUGCUCGUGCCUUACACACAGGAGAUCGCAGAGGCAGCUGUGGAGGAAAUGCCUCAAUACAGUUGGGGUUCAGCAGUACUUGCAGCCACGUACCGUGGCCUCUGCAAGGCAUCGGUGCAGAAUAAGCACAAUGCAAUUUUUACAGGAUAUCCGAUUCUGCUACAGCUUUGGUCGUACGAAAGGAUAGCAAUUGGUCGUCCGAUUGUUGACCACUCACCGUAUGAGCCGGAUAUGUAUGGUGACACCGAGGACGAUAGGCGCACCAUGGGGACUCUCUGGUAUACUCGUCAGGUACGGAAAUGA